AUGGGACAUCUUGGUCCAGAACGCGUUUUCAACCUCGCGAGGGAACGGUUCUAUUGGCCUGGAAUGAAGAACGAUAUUGAACAUUUUAUCACGCACGUGUGUAGUUGUGUUAAACAGAGAAAACCCACCUUUACCAACAGAAAACCACUUCACUCCAUUUCUACGUCCGCACCAUUAGAACUGGUAUCAAUUGAUUUUGUCCAUUUAGAGCGAAGUUCGGGAGGGUUCGAGUAUAUACUGGUCAUAGUCGACCACUUUACCAGAUAUACACAAGCGUAUUCAACACGGAACAAGACCGCGGCCACAGCAGCCGAUAAAAUUUACAAUGAUUUCAUUCCGCGCUUCGGUUUCCCGUCUAGAAUACAUCACGACCAGGGAGGGGAGUUUGAAAAUAAACUGUUUCGUAGACUAGAGCAGCUCUCGGGAAUCGCACAUUCAAGAACGACACCCUAUCAUCCACAGGGAAAUGGCCAGAUGAAGCGGAUGAACAGGACUUUGCUACACAUGUUGCGAACGUUACCCGAAGUGUACAAGUCUAAUUGGAAGGAUCAUGUGAACAAACUAAUACACGCGUGUAAUUGUACGAAGCAUGAAUCUACUGGUUUCUCCCCGUUCUUGCUACUAUUCGGUAGACCGCCUCGUCUUCCCAUUGAUUUGAUGUUUAACUUAACAAGAAAAGAAGAAUCAAUCGGUUAUCCAGCUUAUGCGAAUAAAUGGAAGAAAGCAAUACAGGAAGGGUACAUGUUAGCAUCCAAGUCUGCGGAGAAAGCGGCGUCUAAGGGAAGGAAGCAGAGCGAUAAACGCGUAAUGUCGACUAUCCUCUUACCUGGUGACCGAGUGCUGGUUCGGAACCUAUCACUACGCAGAUGUCCAGGCAAAAUACGAGCGUUCUGGGAAGACGAGAUUCAUGUAGUGGUAUCGAGGAAGAAUCCCGAGAGUCCUGUUUAUGAUAUCAAAUCCGAAUCAGGAAAAUGA